UUAAUAUAUCCUAGAUUUGGGCUUUUGUUUUUUUUUUGUUUUGGAGGAGCUGAGUUGUUCUGACUUAUCGAGUGCGCAUCAUCGACGACGACGACAAAUUUUGCAGCAUUUGCGCCGUGGUUAAAUGAGUGAAACUGCGAGUAAACCGACCAACAACACCCACACAACAACGUGGUGAGCGUCGUCAACUCCUCCUCCGUCUACCCCUCAACCCACAAUUUCCAUUCCCUUACCCUCACCCUCACCCUCCUGCCCCGCACUGACUUCAAUUUUGACAACAACGGCCACGCGCAGAGAGCAGCAUCAAAAUUAAGCCAAUCGACGAGCAAACGUGAAAAAAACGCAGCAGCAACAGCAGCAGCAUCGUCGCGUCCAUCCGACGACGACGACGCGUAACGGACAUUUCUGUGUGCGCUGCGUUUCAAAAAUCUGAUGGAUGGAAAUGCACAAAAUAUGUUUCACGGCAAUCAUCAAGGAGAUCCCUAUUACCGUUAUGAUGCGGCCGCAGCAGCAGCAGCCGUUGCCGCGGCAAAUCCUCGAGCGAUGGGCCCACCGGGCGGCUAUCCGCCGCGUCAUCGGGCGCCGCAUCCGCUACAGCAGCAGCCACAAUAUCCAUCGUACCAGCCAACGGCGGAGAAUCUGUACGGGCUGGGGGCCACCGAUCAGCAUGCGGCCAUGGGCGUUGGCAUGGCUGAUCUAAGCGGUUGGGGUGCGGCGCCAUCGGUGCCGGGACAAGCAGCAGCCUAUCCCGGUGCCGGUUUGAGCGCCUAUGGGCAUCCACAGGCGGUGGCGCCACCGACGCAGCAACAGCGUCAGAGUAACGCCAGCGCCGCCUACCGCCAACAUAUGCCCGCCUACGGACAGCAGGAGCAACAGAAACUGGUGCCGUAUGGCGCCCAACAGAAUAUGAUGGGUGCACUGGGCGCCACGGGCUAUGGGAGUCUAGCGCCACAGCAGCAACAACAGCAGCAACAACAACAACAGCCGCCAACGCCACAACAGCAGCAGCAGCAGGUGCAGCAGCAACAACAGCAGGUGCAACAGCAGCAGCAGCAACAACAACAACAGCAGCAGCAGAGUCAGCAGCAGGCUCGACUGCCGCAACAUUAUCCCCAGGCACCCGGCCAACAUCCUCUGUAUCCGGGUGCACCAGCGCAAGGGGCACAACCGGCAGCAGUGCCGCAAGCCUAUGCGCACAGUCCCUACGGCAGCCCGAUGCAACAUCAGCCGGGCCGUGGGGCGCCACAGCAUGUGGGCUACGGCCAUGCGGCUUUGGAUCAGGCCAGUGCCUACGGCCAGCAUGUUGUGCCGGGUGCGGCGCCGCCAACGCAUCAUCUGAGUGCGCAGCAGCAGCAGGCUGCGCAUUUGGCCAGUGCACAGCAGCAGCAGCAACAGUUGCAGACACAACAACAGCAGCAGCAACAGGCGCAACAGCAACAACAGCAGCAGCAGCAACCGAAUCAUGUUAGCCUAAUGCAGCAGCAGCAGCUGCCGGGCGCCGUGUUGCCGCCGCCGCACAUGGGCAUGCCACCCAGCUACGGCAGUCAUCAUCAGCAGCAGCAGCAACAGGCACAGCAGCAACAACAACAGCAACAGGCACAGCAGCAGCAACAGCAGAGCGCUCCACCUUACAUGUCCAGCAGCAAACAUCAGGCGCAGGCUCAGGCUCAGCUCAACUCGUCGCCGCAAUAUCGUGCCGCGUUUCCACAGCUCUCGCCACAAAUGUCACCGCGUCCGCCAACGAUGUCGCCACAUCCACAAAUGUCACCGCGACCCGUUGGUGUCUCGCCUGCCAAGCCGCCGGCGCAGCAGCAACAGGUGCAACAGCAGCAGCAGCAGGUUAAUUCGCCCAGUCAGCACAGCAUACAGGGCAUGGUUGGUUUGCCGUCGCCACGCCCCCAACCGCCUAGUGUGACAGCGGCGAGCGGCGCCAAGGUGCCACCGACAGCAGCUGUUGGUGGCGGUGGUGGUGGUGUACCGCCCGUGAACACGUUACAAGCACUCGAACAAAUGGUAAUGCCCAGCCAGGCGCAUGGACUGCCACCGAUGGAUUACCCGACAUCUUAUCGCAGCGCUGCCGUCAUGGGACCACGCAUGCCCGCCUCACCCUCCCCCCAGCAUCAUCAGCAAUGGGGUGCGCCAGCUCACAUGGCCGCCAUGCAACAGCAGCAGCAGGCGUCACAACAGCAACCACCAACACCCCAACAACAACAGCAGCAGCAGCAGGCACAGCAACAACAGCAACAGGCGCAACAGCAGCAGCAGCAGGCUCAGCAACAGGCGCAGGCUGCACUGUUGCAACAGCAGCAACAGGCUGCCCAAGCAGCUGCAGCUGCGGCGGCGGCAGCAGCAGCACAACAUCAGCAACAUCAGUUGAUGUAUGGACAGAGUAUGGCACAGCAGCAGGUGCCAGUGCCGGUGCCAGUGCCAGUGCCAGUGCCAGUCCCCCAGCAACAACAGCAGCAGCAGCAACAGGCACAACAGCAGCUGAAUGAGCAACUGCAGCAUUCCAUCAAUGAUAUUGUGGGCAACAAUCAGCAAUCGCAAUUAAAUGUUUCGCCGUUGCAUCAACAAACAUUGCCCAGCAUGCAUCAUUUAAGUGCUUCCGUGCACCACCAGCAACAACAACAACAACAGCAGCAACCUACUUUAGAGGCAAGCGCAACGCAAGCAACACAGCCGCAACUUCAGCAACAAUUGCAGCAGCAUUUGUCGCCCAUACAUCAGCAACAGUCGCCUCAUCAGCAGCAAUCCCAUUUGACCAGCUAUGCGCAGCAGAGCAGCAAUCAACAACAGCAGCAACAACAACAACAGCAGCAGCAACAUCAGCAAUUUGAUGCAUUUGCCAAUAUUUUAGCAGACACACAGCAACAGGCAACAGCAACAGGAGCAGCAGCAGCAACUGUUGUUGCAAGCCAGCAAAUAAUGUCGCCAGCGCAUGUGAGCUCGCCAAUACCCCAGCUACAACAGCAACAUCAACAACAGCAGCAGCAGCAACAACAACAGGUACAGCAACAGCAGCAACAGGUACAGCAACAAUUGCAGCAACAACAGCAGCAACCAGCAACACCAACAGCAACACCAUCGCAUCAUCUGAGCAGCAUACUCAAUGAGACCGCCAAUUCGAAUGAUUCGUCAACGUUGGCCGUUGCCGCCAACGAUAGCAACAAUAGCAGUAGCAACAGCAGCACCAACAGCAUUGUCAACAAUCAACCUACUUCGGUGCAUGACAGCAACUCACAGAGCAGUAUCAACAGCAAUUCGGCGAAUCAGCAACCGUUGCUUUCCUCGAUGGAGGCAGUCGCCAACAAUAUGCUCAACAGCAAUUCGGAUUCCACACACACCAACAACACCUCCACAACCCAUCAUCAUCAUCAUGUGAGUGGUGUCGAUGUGGGCGGACUAUUCGAUAACAAUUCGAUGAGUUCGACGAGUGCUGCUGCAGUUGCAGCUGCCUCAAGUGCUGCAUCCGCAGCAGCAGCGUUGCUCGACAGCAAUUCGCAAUCGUCGAAUGUGGAGUUCGAGAAGAGCGUCUGUGAGCCAACGGAGCAGGCAGCAACAGUUGCUGGCGAUUUGUGUGCCCAAUUGCCACUGGAUGAGGAGAAUAGCAGUGUGUCCAAGACGCAAACGGAUACGUUAAGCGAUACAAUGCCGCAGCAGCCGACACACGAUGACCAAGACACAACAACAACAACAACCACAACGACAACAACAUGCCACAAGCAGCAGCAGCAGUCGUCGCUGUUGCACACAGAAGAUAUGCUGUCGGAGCAGACACAACAAACGCUCUCCGACCUUGCCGCCACUGACGAGACCAAAUCCGCUGAAGAGAUCUGCGACGAGAAGACGCAAUCCCAACUCGAUUCAAGUCUAACGAUGCCACCACAGACAACGCCCUUAACAAUGGGUGGUAUGCCACCAAUGCCACCGCAUCCAUUGGCUGGCUAUGAUGCAGCUGCUGCAACUGCAGCAGGUGGCACGGCAGCCGGGCAAGUGCCAACACAACCACCACAGCCAACCGCACAUAUGCCGCCAAUGUUGCCACCAUAUCCAGGCACUGCCGCCGGCAUGUAUCCACCUUAUCCGAUGUUGCAUCAACAGGAGAUUGCUGCACUGCAACAGCAAAUCCAAGAGCUCUACUGCAUGCCACCCGGGCACGAGCAUCAGCAUCAGGAGAAGCUAAUGCGUCUGCAGGAGCGCCUCAAUCUGCUGCAGCAACACGAACUGGCCGAACAGUGUGCAGGUGGACCACAGUGUGUGCUCUACCAGAGCAUGCCACCGCACCCAUAUGGUGGCAGCGCCACGCUGCACAACCAAAUGGUCGAGAGUCCACAGGUGUCGAGCACCACGGGACGUGGACGUGGCAAGGGUGCAAAUAAGCCGCGUAAGCCACGCGCCAAGAAGGGCGAUAAAGCGGCAGCAGCAGCCGCCGCCUUGCAACAGCAACAACAGCAGCAUCAGCAUCAACAGCUGCAACAUCAGGAACUGAUGGAUAUCAGUGGCAAUGUUGUAGUUGUCGCCUCCGCCAGUGCGAGUAGCAGCAGCAGCAUUAUACCCACCACACAACUGCCCGUCUCCGAGGAUUGUGUGACUCAGGGAGCGGGCGAUACCAGUGUUGUGGGUCUGCUGGAGUACAGUGAGGGUAUGGGUGAUCUAUCGCAGGAUGUGCACUCGGCCAACGAACUGGACACCUCAACCGAUGGGAGUGGCAAGAAGAAGAAGCCGCGCAAACCACGCACACCCAAAGAUCCCAAUAAGCCGCCGCGAGAUCGUACGCCCAAAGUGAAGAAGCUACGUGAUCCCAAUGAUCCCAAUUCGACGGAGAGCAGCACUGGCGGGGCACGCAAGCGCGCCAGUGUUAGCAAGCGACGUAAACAAUUUGGCGAUGAUGACGCCGAGAAGACGGGCGAGGGCAGCGAACUGGAGGACAACAAACCGUUGCUGCCCAAAUCGGGCGGCGAUGGCGAAGCCGAAACCUCAGCGAGUGGCGGUGGUGUUGGCGGUGGCGUUGUUGAUGGUGAAUCACCCGACUAUGAUGAUAUACCCGUCUCGAAGAUACCACGCGGCGCCAACGACGAAGACAAGGAUGCGGAGGCCGGCGAUGAGACUGUUGAUUCCGUGCCCGAUUCCGCUGGCGACGCGGCGAGCACGCCAAGCAGUCGCCGGGAUCGCAAACGUUCGACGGCGCGUUCCAGUCGCCGCAACGCGACAUCCGAGGAGGGUGGCAGUGCACGACGAAAUCGUGGUUCGCUCAGCGCCAAGGCGCUCAAGAAGCGACGCAAUCGUGGACGCAUUGUGCCCGAAUCGGAUGGCGAGGAUGAUACCAUGGAUCGAACUCCGCCACCCUCGCCACCACCCGACUCCGAACUCGACUCGAAUAAGCGACGAUCGUCGCGCAACACGCAACGCAAAAAGUACAUUGAUGAUGUCAUGCUACGCUUCUCCGAUGACGAGAACUCCUUGCUUGUCGCAUCGCCCGUCAAGAAGGAAAAGAAAUCCGCAUCGGUGAAUGCGGCUAAUUCGAAUGCAGGCAGCGAUGUGGAGAAGACCGAACCGCAAUCGGGCGCCGAAGGCGAAGCAGGCGGCAGUUCAGCGGGUGAGGAAAAACAGCCGCUGACCACAGACGAUACUACGAAUAGCCAGUUGGAGGCCAGUUCCAGCACAUCUGCAGCUGCGGAGAAGUCGGAGAGACAGAGUGCCAGCGAUGCUGCAGCAGUAGCCGCCUCAGCAAUGUCUUCCAAGCCCAACUAUGUGUACAUCAACACAGGCGAUGAGGAUAGCAUGGUAGUGCAACUGGUUCUCGCACUGCGGAUGGGUAAACGUGAAUUAAUACCCGAAGCGCCCAAGGCGAAGACACCUGAGCCCAAGACAGAGAAGGAAGUCGAAGCCGAAGCUGAGACCGAAGCAGAAGCUGAGGCAGCAGCAACCGAGGCAAAGACAGCAGAAGGCAACGAUCAGGAGAAGUGCGCUGAGAGCAGCAGCAGCACAGAUAAAACCGAAGACAAAGAGGAGAAACCUCAAGCUAAUGCAGCAGACGACGAAAAAGGCGCAAUCACAAAAGUGGAUGAGGCCAAGGAGCAGCUGGAGCCGAAAUCCGAUGAGAACAAAGAGCCAGUGGAUGACCACAAAAUGGAAGUGGAUGAGAAGGUUGAAUCACCCAAAUCAUCGGUGGCAAGUGAAAAGUCCGCUGAAGAAGAAACAUCCGAAAAGGAGGAAGUUGAUAACAAUAAAAUGGAAACUGACGAAAGUGCAGAGAACAAAGAGGCAGUCGAAGAAACCGGCAAAACAGACAAGCAAGAAACUGAAGAGGACAACGAAGACGAAGAAGAAGAGGGAGAAGCAGAAGCAGAGGCCAAGACUGAUGAUGAGAAAGCAAAACCAGCAGCUGAGCCAAAGAUAGCAGCAGAGGACGAUGCCGCCACAGAGCACACUGAGAAAGAUGUUGAAAAAGCAAAAGAAACUCCAGCUGAUGAAACAGCAGAAAAAAUGGAUGUAGAUGAAGCAGAAACAACGGCUAAGGAUGAAGGGGAUGCAACGGAGGAGAAAAUAAAAACCGAAACCGAAGCAGAAUCGUCCAAUGUCGAUGAGGACAAGCCAGAAAAGAAAGACCUCGAGGAUAACAAAGAGGAUAAGGAGAAGACAGCAAUAGACGCAGAGCAAACUGAGAAAAAGAAAGAGGAAGAGUCAACAGAGUCGUCCAACGAGGAAGACAAAUCGAAGGAUGACGACGAGUCCAAGGACGAUAAACCCGAACCGGUUUUCAUCGAUGUCGAGGAAUACUUUGUCAAAUAUCGCAAUUUCAGUUAUCUGCACUGCGAAUGGCGCACCGAAGAAGAGCUGCUCAAGGGUGAUCGUCGUGUCGCUGCCAAAAUCCGACGCUUCCAACAGAAGCAAGCACAGCAGAUCAACAUCUUUGAGAACAUCGAAGAGGAACCCUUCAAUCCCGACUUUGUCGAGGUGGAUCGUGUGCUGGACAUGUCCGUGCACACGGAUGAGAACAGCGGGGAGACGACCAAACAUUAUUUGGUCAAAUGGAAAUCAUUGCCCUAUGAGGAUUGCACCUGGGAGCUGGAGGAGGAUGUGGAUAACGAUAAGAUUGAGCAGUAUUUGCGCUUCAAUAAGAUCCCGUUGCGUUGCGAGUGGAAGAGUCGCAAACGACCGCAUCCUGAACAAUGGAAGAAGCUGGAGAAGACACCCAUCUACAAGUCGGGCAACAGUCUGAGACCCUAUCAGCUGGAGGGUCUCAAUUGGUUAAAGUUCUCCUGGUAUAAUUCACACAAUUGCAUACUGGCCGAUGAAAUGGGUCUGGGCAAGACCAUCCAGAGUCUGACCUUUGUCCAUUCGGUCUAUGAGUAUGGGAUACGUGGACCAUUUCUGGUGAUUGCGCCGCUCUCCACAAUACCAAAUUGGCAGCGUGAAUUCGAGGGAUGGACCGAUAUGAAUGUGGUCGUUUAUCAUGGAUCUCUGACCAGUAAACAAAUGAUUCAGGACUAUGAGUUCUACUACAAGACAGAUAGUGGCAAAGUUCUGAAGGAGCCCAUCAAAUUUAAUGUGUUGAUCACGACAUUUGAAAUGAUUGUCACCGAUUAUAUGGAUCUAAAGCAGUUCAACUGGCGUCUGUGCGUCAUUGAUGAGGCACAUCGUCUCAAGAAUCGCAACUGUAAACUGCUGGAGGGAUUGCGUCAACUGAGUCUCGAGCAUCGUGUCCUGCUCUCGGGCACACCUCUGCAAAACAACAUCAGUGAGCUAUUCUCACUGUUGAAUUUCCUGGAGCCCAGUCAAUUCUCGUCGCAGGAGGAGUUCAUGUCCGAGUUUGGCAGUCUGCGCACCGAAGAGGAGGUCAACAAACUGCAAGUGCUCCUCAAACCGAUGAUGUUGCGUCGUCUCAAGGACGAUGUGGAGAAGUCCCUUGCGCCGAAAGAGGAAACAAUCAUCGAAGUGGAGCUGACAAAUAUACAAAAGAAAUAUUAUCGCGGCAUAUUAGAGCAAAACUUUAGUUUCCUUAAGAAGGGCACAACGUCAGCGAAUAUACCCAAUCUGAUGAAUACCAUGAUGGAAUUGCGCAAAUGUUGCAUUCAUCCCUAUCUACUCAAUGGUGCCGAGGAGCAAAUUCAGUACGAUUUUAAGGCUCAACACGGCGAGGAUCCCGAAUCCUAUUAUAAGAAUCUUAUUCUGUCGGCGGGCAAAAUGGUUUUAAUCGAUAAACUGCUGCCCAAACUGAAGGCAAAUGGCCAUCGUGUGUUGAUCUUUAGUCAGAUGGUGCGUUGCCUGGACAUCUUGGAGGAUUAUCUGGUGUAUCGCAAGUAUCCGUUUGAGCGAAUCGACGGACGAAUUCGUGGCAAUCUGCGACAGGAGGCCAUCGAUCGUUAUUCCAAGCCGGGCUCGGAUCGUUUUGUCUUUCUGCUCUGCACCAAAGCGGGUGGCUUGGGCAUUAAUCUGACGGCUGCCGAUACCGUGAUUAUCUACGAUUCCGAUUGGAAUCCACAAAAUGAUUUGCAAGCCCAGGCUCGUUGUCAUCGCAUUGGACAGCGUAAGAUGGUCAAAAUCUAUCGACUCCUUUGUAGGAAUACCUACGAACGUGAGAUGUUCGACAAGGCAUCAAUGAAACUGGGCCUGGACAAGGCUGUGCUGCAAUCGAUGAAUACGCACGGCUCCAAGGAUGGCAACAACAAGCAAUUGUCGAAAAAAGAGAUCGAAGAUCUGCUCAAGAAGGGCGCCUACGGUGCCGUCAUGGACGAUGACAAUGCCGGCGAUAAGUUCUGUGAAGAGGAUAUCGAUUCGAUUCUUAAACGACGCACUCAGGUCAUCACCAUGGAACAAGAGAAGGGUUCAACGUUCUCGAAGGCCUCAUUUGCAGCUUCGGGCAAUCGUUCGGAUAUCACCAUAGAUGAUCCCGACUUCUGGACAAAGUGGGCCAAACGUGUGGACAUCGAUCCCGAUGCCUGUGAACGUGAUGAGACCGAAGAUCUGGUGCUCUCCGAACCGCGUCGACGCACACAAAUCAAACGCUAUGGCCAUGAGGAUGUCAUGGAGAUCAACUCGGAGGACUCUUCGAAUGAGAACAGCGAUGAGGAGGGCGGCAUUGGUCUACGUUCACGUCGUCGCAAGGAGAAACGCGAUCGAGAUCGCGCUCGCGAGAAGAAGGGCAACGAUGAGUAUAUACCACGAGAGCGUGAUGCUCUGGCCGCGUUGGGUCUGGAGGAGAUCCAGUAUGGCAACUGGGCCAAGUCCGAGUGCUUCAAGGUCGAGAAGGGUCUACUCUCAUUCGGGUGGGGACGCUGGUCAGAACUCUUGGAAUUGGGUUCGUUUAAACGCGGCUGGCGCGAUAUUGACGUUGAGGACUGUGCACGCAUUAUUCUGCUGUACUGCCUGCAGGUGUAUAAGGGUGACGAGAAGAUCAAGACAUUCAUUUGGGAUCUAAUCACACCGACGGAGGAUGGCGAGGUGCAGAAGAUCAGCAGGGAUCAUAGUGGCCUACACAAUUUGGUGCCACGAGGUAGGAAUGCCAAAGGACGCAACGGUGGCAAGUCCAACAAGGAGAUGACACCGGCACCUGGCACUGCCUCGGGCAGCAACAGUGGUAAUACAACACCGGCGCACAAGUCCGACUCGGGUGGUGGCCUUGUUGGCGAUAAGGAUGGCGGUGGCGGGAUUAGCGCCAGCGCUGUGGCAGCGGCAGUUGCACCACCGCCCGCACCACCCACCAGCAUACACGAUCCGAAUCAUUGGAGCAAAAAGGAGAAAUACGAUGCGGAUGCGUAUCUGGAGGGCGCCUACAAGAAGCAUCUGGGCAGACACGCGAAUAAGGUACUGCUGCGCGUUCGGAUGCUCUAUUAUAUACAGCACGAGGUCAUCGGUGAUUUAGUGCAGCAGAUCAAGGAUAAUACGCCCAUCAGUUCGAAAGCCAAGCCACAACUGCUAGCACUCAAUCUGGAAAGCGAGCUCCCAAUACGGCCGCCGCCAACGCCCGAUCAGGUGCCAUCAUCAUGGUGGAAUCCCAUUUGUUGUGAUAAGAGUCUAUUGGUUGGAACCUACAAGCAUGGCUGUGAAAUGUAUCGUCAAAUGCGCGCCGAUCCGAAUCUGUGCUUUGUCACUCAUGUGGGCGCCGGUGCCGGUGACGAUUUGGCCGUCACGAAUUUGCCAAUAAUUGAAGACGAUGCAAAUUCGAAGCACGAUGACGGCGAUGAGGUGGACGACGAUGGCACCACAACCACCAAAGACUCGGAUUCCACCAAGCUAACGGCCGGCGAUAAUAAGGACUCGCUCGAUCCGGAGCGUCCCAGUUCGUCGGGCUUGGACGAGGAGGAAAGUGUCGCCGGCAGCUAUCCGCCCACAUUGGCAGCCGUCGAGGAUGCCACAAUGUGGCCAUCAAUGCAGGAUCUCAAUACGCGUUUGCGUCGCGUCAUCACCGCUUACCAACGCAACUACAAAAAGGAGGAGCUCAAACAACAACAAAAGGCCAAGCUACAGGCGCUGGUCUCAUCGACGCCUCCGCUGUCGGUGCCCACCACGCCCACCUUGCAAUCCAUGCAAAUGCAGAUGCAGGGCGCCGGCGUUGGCAACAAUUCUGCAAGCGGCGGCGGCGGCAACAACAACAACGUUGUUGUUGGUGGCGGUGGCGCUACCGUUAGCCAGCUGCAACAGCAGCUCGACUCGAGCAAUCGCAGUCUGCAGGCGCUGAUGCAAUCGCAGGGUGCCAGCACCUCAGCAGCAGCUGCAGCUGCAGCAGCCGCCGCUGCUGGCAACUCUGGCGUACAGCAUGGAAUGGUUAGCCAGCACCAGCAACAACAGCAACAACAACAGCAGCAGCAACAACAGCAACAACAACAACAGCAGCAGCAACAACAACAGGUUGGUGGCGCCACAGUGCCUGCAAUGCCCACCGCUGCCGACAUAAGCCUGAUGCUGAGCAUCCUCAACACAACAGAUGUCAGCCAAUUGGCCAAUUUGGAUAUCAACAAGCUGGCCAUGUAUUUGGUUAGUAUGAACAAUAAAAUGGAGCGCCAGGGUAAAAUGGAACUGGCUGCCAAGGAGCGUGAAUCGCAGCGUUUGCAGCUGAUACCCAAGAAAUGGAAUCGCCGCGAGGAAUACGAAUUUCUGCGCGUUCUCACCGGCUACGGCAUCGAUAUGCAGCUGACGACGCCCAUGGGUGGUGCAAAUAGCAACAAUAAUCAUCCCACACCCGAUUGGAUUAAAUUCAAACAGAUGGCGCAUUUGGAGCGCAAAAGCGAUGAGACCCUAACCGAUUACUACAAGGUCUUUGUGGCGAUGUGUCGUCGCCAGGCGGGCCUCAAGCUCGCCGAGAACGAACGCGGUCUUGAGGGCAUCAUCGAGGAGGUGGAGAAGGAGCAUGCCAAACUCAUCUUGGAUCGACUCGAACUGUUGGCCAAGUUGCGCGAAGUGGCGCGAAAUCCACAAUUGGAGGAGCGUCUGAAGCUGUGCGCUAUGAAUGCCGAUACGCCCGAUUGGUGGGAGCCGGGCCGACACGAUAAGGAACUGAUUGCCGCGGUGCUCAAGCACGGGCUCUAUCGCUCCGAGACAUUUAUCUUCAAUGACCCCAACUUUAGUUUUGGUGAAUCGGAGAAGCGUUUCAUUCGCGAACUGGAGGCACAAAUACAGCGCACCAUCAAACUGGAGGCAUUUAAUGCGGAAAAGGCAGCGGCAGCGGCAGCUGAGAAGGCAGCAGCAGCAGAAAAGGCGGCAGCAGAAAAAGCAGCCUUGGCUGAGAAAGUAGCAGCAGCCGAGAAAGCAGCUGCAGCGGCAGCUGUCAAGCAUGAAGUCAUCGAUCUGGACGAUGAGCUGCUCACCAAGGAGAGUGUCAUCAAGAAGGAGUCGCCCAUCAAGGCGGAAAUCAAGCCAGAGUUGAGCACAGAUCAAAUGGAGACGACAGAGAGCGCAGAACAAACCAACAAAGUAGAGGAAAAGGCAGCAGUCGACGAGGAAGUGGAAGCUGUCGAAAAGUUGGAUAAGGAUAAAGAGAAGGAGAAGGAGGCAGCGCUGGAUGAGGAAGCAAAGUUAAAGUUGCCCAGUGAAGCCACAGACGAAGAUGCAAUAGCUGUCAAAGAAGUUAAUGCUGAAAGCGAAGCGGAUGCCGCAGAGAUUAAAUCCAAGGUUGCUCCUAGCGAAGAUAAAAUGGAUGUGGAGCCAAUUGCAGAGAAUGGCAAUGAAAAAGAAGACGCAACCACAGAACCAGAGUCAGCCACAAACGAAAGCGAGAAGUCAGCGGAAAGUGAGGCGACUGCUGAGGAAAAAUCCGAGAAAAUCAGCGAAAAGGCAGAUGACAAAGCUGAGAAAAUGGAAAGCGAAACAAGCAGUGAAGAAAAGCAGCCAGCAGCAGCAGCUGAAAAGGAAGACAAAGAAUCGACAGAAAUGCCGGAAAAGACAGAAAAAGCCGAGGCUGAUGAAAAGCCAAGCGAGUCCAGCGAAGCAGCCGCUAAAGAAACGCCCGAAAAGGAGGCGGAGGCAACAACUGAUGCAACAGUUGCAACAACAGCAGCAACAGUUGUUGUUGACACAGCUGAAACUGAUGCCGAAGCCGAGCCAAAAAUAGAAACUGCUGCUGAAGCAACAACAACAGAAGUCAAGCCUCCAACAGCUCCCACUGUCGACGCGUCAAAGGUCAGCGAGAAGAAGAAGGUGCCCGCUGAACAAGAGAUUCUCGAUCUGGUUGCCGGCGGACCCACAGAUCCCGACGAUGAUGAAGUGAUGAAGGAGAAGGAGAAAGCCGUCGAGGAGGAAUGCAAAAAGCAGGCAGCCGAACUCAAGGCACGCUUUCCCGAUCUCGAAGUCAUUCAGCCGGCAACGGUUAAGCAGCAGAAGCUGGAAAAGCCCAAGCUGGAGAUGUGCAUGAUUCGUUGGUUCAAGGAUUUCGCAUUGGAGCGUCGCAUCGCGCACAUUGUUGUCUGUGUGGAGACGAGCAAGUGGCCAGUAGACAAGCAUUACAGCGCCUUUGCCGGCCUCAAGGGUGGCGCCUCAACAGAUCUCAACAUUGCGUUGCUCGAAUCCAUACCGCAUCUGAAUAGCAUCGAGCGCCGCUCGACAACGCCUGAUGUCAUCACCAUAACCACAGAUCAGGGUGUGACCAAGCAUCUGCAGGCAUCCCAAAUGCAACAGGUGGCCAAUAGCAAUGCGGGCGUGUCCAAUGCAGCAGCUGCUGCAGCAGCAGUUGCCUCCAUGCAACAGACAACAAAGACGACGUCAGGCGUUGGAGUGACAACGGCAACAACAACGCUGCCUGGCCUGGAUGCGAAUAGCAUAAAUGCAGCAGUGGCAGCUGCUGUUGCGGCUGCCGCUAGUGGUGGCAAUGCCACCUCGCUCUCUGCCCUGCUGCCGGGCAUGUCGCUGAGUGCGGCAACAGCGGCGGGUGCAGCAGCAAGUGCAGCUGCUGCUGUUGCAGCGGGCGGCUUAAAUGUGCCCACUGCUGGUGGCGGUGGCGGCGGUCUUGGUGGCACCUCUAACGUGGGCAAGAAACGCAAGCGACACAUUGCCAUCGAUGUGGAAACGGAACGGGCCAAGUUGCAUGCGCUGCUCAACAGCUCAUCAAUGGCGCCCAAGGAUUGGGAGAGUGAAAUUGCCAAUAUGGAGGCUUUAACCGGUUCGGCGGCGAGACGUGGCGGUGGCUCGGGCGCUGCUGCUGCCUCGGCAGCUGCAUUGAGUGGCAUGCAACCGCCGCCAGCACAUCAGCAUGCCUCGCUCUCGCGUCAAUCCUCCGGCCAGUUCAAUAAGCCCGCUGUGCCAGCGCUAAAAACACCGCCACCCUCAAUGGGUGCACCCAUGGAUCUGUCUUCCAGCCUGCCCAAAAUGAAUAUGACUGAAAUGCUCAAGUCCGCAUCGAGUGCGGGUGCCAUUGAUUUGAGCGAGGUGCAGGACUUUUCGAUGCCCUCCAAGAAAUCGUCGUCUUCGUCCAGCAGUGUGCAUGCGGCGCUCAGCUCCGCAUUCCCCUCCAUGGCGGGCAGCAAGAGCAAAUUGGAUGACACGCUCAACAAGCUGAUGAAGAAGAACAAUUGCACCAUUGAGGAGCCCGUCAUUGGCAAGGAGAAGAAACGCAAGAAGCUGGAUGAGAUUGUGCUUGGUUUGUCCGCUGCCAAGGAGCAAAAGACCUUCCCGGAUCCAUCGCUGCCCUCGUCGAAGAAACCGCAAAUACCGCCCAGUGUCUCGGUGACGCCUGCCAAUCUGCAGGCGCCUAGCCAGCAGCAAUCGAAUCAGAAACCGUUUACCAUCACUGUGACGACAGUGCCCGGAAAAUCGAAGAGCGGCGGCCAAGGCAACAGCGGAAGCGGCGCCGGCAGCAGCAGCUCAGCGCAGAGCGGCAGCGGUUUGAGCGCCCUGCAAAACAUGGCCAUGGGCGGUCUGUCCAGCAAAGACAAUCUGAAUGCCCUGCUCGCCCAGACAAUGGCCACCGAUCCGCAGUCGUUCCUCAAGCAACAGCAAAAGAUGAUGCAAUUUUUGCCGCCAGCACAGCGCAAGGCGUACGAGAAUACGCUGGCCGAAAUGGAGCAGGCGAUGAAGUUGAGCUCCAAAUACAACACCUCGCAAGAUGUCAAGGUCAACAAGUGGCUCUCGGACAUGAGCAGCCCCCUCGGCGAUCAGCUGAGCAUUGAUUAUGUUGGCAACUCGGCCGGCAACAGCAGCAGCGGCAGCAGCAAUAGUCGUCGCGGCAAUCGCCAGCAGAGCAGCAGCUCUUCGGCGGCCCAGCAAGCGGCCCAAUUACAAAAGCAACAGCAACAACAACAGCAGCAGCAACAACAGCAGCAACAACAACAGCAGCAACAACAGCACCAACAGCAGCAGCAACAAUCCAUGGCUGCCGGACCACAGGGUCUGACGGGGGAGGAACCGGUGCCGGUGAUCAACAAGCAGACUGGCAAACGACUCGGCGGCAACAAGGCGCCACAAUUGAAGCGACUCAUGCAAUGGCUCACCGAGAAUCCCAACUAUGAGGUGGAUCCCAAAUGGCUCGAACAGAUGCAGAAUCCGAUGUCGGCGCCAUCGCCCAAGCCAAGCAGCAGUAAUAGUGGCUUGGUGGACAACAACAGCGGCCUUGGCUAUGGCUCCAAAUCGCAUGGCGGGCGACCGUCGUCCAAUUCGAGCAACGCCUCCUCGAGCAGUCACACGCAACAGCAGCCGAAUGCGGCACAAUCGCCAGCUGGCAACAAUUCGGGUGGUGGUUCCACCAAGAAGUCAUCGCGUCAAUCCCAAUCGGCUGCUGCCUUGGAUCAGGCCGCAUUGCAGUUUGGCUCGCUGGCCGGGCUGAGUCCCAGUUUGUUGGCCAGUCUGCCCGGACUGGGUGCAUUCGAUCCGAAGAAUCCGUUGGCCGCCUUCGAUCCGAAAAAUCCGCUGCUGUCGAUGCCCUUUGGCGGUAUGCCCGGCAUGGGUAAUCUGCCCGGUCUGGGUAAUCUCAACAAUAUGAAUCUGUUCGCCAGCUUGGCGGGCAUGGGCGGUUUGGGUAAUCUCGCUGGCAUGGAUGCCCAGUCGCUGGCUGCGCUCAUGGCUGCUGCGGGUCCAACGCUCGGCGGCCUAACCGGCAGCUCGGGCCUCGGCACCGGCAAGAGCCAGUCGCAGUCCGGCGGCGGUGGCAGCUCCUCCAGUGCCGGUUCCUCUUCAGCGGCCAGCAAGAAGAAGCAGCAACAACAGCAGCAGCAACAACAACAGCAACAACAGCAGCAACAGCAAAACGAGGCAGCCCAACUGGCAGCAGUUGCUGCUGCUGCAGCCGUGAAUAGUGGCGGUGGUGGAGGUGGUUCGUCGGGUGGCAAGAAUGCUGCCAGUGCUUCGGCAUCUCAGUUGGCGGCCGGUUUUCCAUUCCUCUUCCCCAAUCCAUCGCUGCUGUAUCCGCCCAUGGGUCUGGGCGGUCUCAAUCCCUAUUCGCUGGGCAGCAGUGGUCUCGGCUCCGCCUACGAUCAGUUGGCGCAACAAUAUAAUCUGCUCAAUGGCGUUGCCACAUCCUCGGCAGCUGUGACUGGUUCCACGCAAUCCUCAUCCAAAUCGCAUCAGUCACAGUCGAGCAAAUCGAGUAAUUCACGCAACGCCUCCAAUUCGGCGGCAAAUCUAAUGAAUGCCAUGGCCAGCAUGAGUGCUGGCACGGUGACAACGCCCAGUUCGACCAGCUCCUCGAGCAGUCGCAGCCGUCAGAGCAGCAGUCAACGCAACUCGGCUGCCUCGGUGACGCCCAGUGCAGCCGAUAUGGCUCAAUUGUCCAGUCUGCUGAUGCCCGGCGCUGAUCCGCAUCUGCUUGAAUCGUUGAGUCGCAUGAGCAGCAUGGAUCUGGCCCAAGCCACACGACUGAUGAGCUCGCUGGGCAUGCCACCGCUGCCAACGACAACGAACAACAGCAGCUCGUCGAACUCGAACAACAACAGCGGCAACAGCAGCAGCUCAUCGAGUGCGGCAAGCAAACGUGCUGCGGCCGCUGCAGCUGCAGCUGCUGCCGCUGCUGCCAACGAGGCAUCCGCCAAGGAGCAACAGAAAUGGUUCGAGAGCAUCACACGUGGCGCUCUGCCCGCAGAUCUGGCCGCAUUGCAGGCCUUCUCGCAGGGCAAAAUGCCCUCUUCGUCCAACUCCAAUUCGAACUCGUCGAAGAGCUCAUCGAAGUCGGCGGCCGCAGCUGCUGCUGCUGCAGCUGCCGCAGCCGCCGCACAGCUGCCACAGAUACCGGGCAUGUCCAGUGAUUUCUCGCAGGCGCUGCUCGCCGAGAUGGCCGCCCAGGCAAUGGUUGCCGCUGGCGGCUCAUUGCCGCUAAGUGGACCCGGUUCAUUGGCAAGUCUGGCGGGACUCACUGGCGGCUCCACAUCGUCGUCGGGUGGCAACAACAACAGCAGCAGCAGUGGCAGCGGCAGCAGUUCAGCUGCUAAGCGACAACGUGAACAGGAUUUGUUCAAGCAGCAAAUGGAUUUCUAUACUAAGUCACUGGGACUGGGAUCGGGCAUCUCGCUGAUACCCACCUCCUCCUCCUCGUCGACUGGCGGCAGCAGCAGCAACAGUCUCAAUGCAGCCGCUGCCUAUGCAGCCGCCCUGGAUGCCGAGCAUCUCCAACAGCAACAGCAGCAGCAGCAACACAAGUCGAAACGGGCACGCACAGAUCUCCAUCCGACAAAGGAUGAGCUGGCUGCUGCUGCAUUGGCCUUGGGCUUGCCACUGAAUCUAGGUGCUGCCAGCAUGAGCAGCAUCGAGAAGAGUUUACGUGGCGUGAGCAGUUCCAGCAACAAUUCAACGCCAGCGCCGCCAACGCCAACACCACCCGACCAGCAGGACAAGGUGACACUGACGCCACUAUCGAGUGCGGCGGGUGGCGGUGGUGGCAGCUCCUCCUCCUCUUCCACCUCGAAUGCAGCGAUUGCCGCCAAUCUGCCGUCGCAGACGACCAUCACGAUUGCGCCGCCGAUCAGCAGCGGAGCCAGCACCAGCAGCGAACGAUCGGAGCGCAGUGAAUCACGCAUCUCGCUGACCAUUACCAAUGCGGCGGAUGCGGCCAAGUUGCCGCCACCGUAUGAGGAGGCCGACGAGCUGAUCAUCCAGCCCAUACUCAAGAAACCGACGGCGCCCGGCAGCAGUCACAGCGGCAGCGUUGAGGAUCUGGAUGCCAGCGGAGGCGCUGGCAACAACAACAACAAUAAUUCCUCGGCAGCCGCCAAUCUGAGUGGUUCAAGUGGUAGCAGCAGCUCAUCGGUGGCAGCUGCAGCUGCUGCAGCAGCAGCCGAAGAGAAUCGACGCUCCUCCAAUCGUCUCAAACGUCCACGGUCCGGCAACGAAGGAGGUGGCAGCAGUGGAGGCGGCGGUGGAGGUGGAGCAACUGCUUCGGCUGCGGAACAGCCGCCGGAAAAGCGGCGAGAAUUGCGGUCGACGCGACACACGCGACAAUCGGCGGAUGCGGCGACGCUAAAUCUGUCGGCGGGCAGCGAGUCCGAGGAGCGGAAUGAAUGAGUAAAGCCAAGCUCCUCCUAGCUAGACGAUAGCGCCCCAGUGGUGGGCGCCAGAACCAGACAAGGCAACACCAACAGCAACAAAAAUAUAAAUAAAGAUAACCAAAAUCAGAAGAUGAUGAAGAAGAAGAAGGCCACACAAGAAACGAGGCGAACCAGAAAUGCAAACAUAAA